AUGAUCAAAAGAAACGCCUACGUGUUUUUCCUCAGCUGCGAAACGAUAUGCAUCUGUUGCCAAAUCGUCCUCGUCGUCGUCGCCGCCUCCGCCGCCGCCACCAACGCCCUGAGGGAAGGGCACAUGAAACAGCUGGAGAACGUCCGCAAAAUCCUCGACAGACUCAGUCACGUCUUGCAGCUGACAAACCCGGACGUCAACAUCACCGCGGCCGAAUACCUGGCGGAAUCCAGGGAGGUAGGUGAUUUCGCUUUCGAGCAUAAAGACAUAAAGCCAGAUAUUUAUGGAGUUCAACGGCAGCACAUAUUUGAAAAGGACAUCCUCCUAACCGAGCUGCAGGCGUUGGAAAUUUUGCGUAGCGUCAUGAAACAGAGAAAUAUCGUAAGGAAUCCGACGAUGCUGUGGAAAAAGUUUCCCAUUGCUUACGAAUACCACUCGUCGAUGAGUAAGCGAAUCAAUUCUUUUAUUGCUUAGCC